AUGGAAGCUUGGUUAAAAAAUACUGGGAUGGGUACUGAGAUUAGACAAUCAAAAUGGUACUUUGGUGGAUUGGCAUCAGCAGGAGCAGCAUGUGUUACACAUCCUUUGGAUUUAUUGAAAGUUCAAAUGCAAACUCAACGCGGAAAAAAUGUAUCAAUGAUGGCCCUAGUGUCAAAUGUUAUAAAACAACAGGGUAUUAUGGGCCUGUAUAAUGGAAUAUCAGCUUCCUUGAUGCGCCAGCUUACCUAUUCAACAGCAAGAUUUGGCAUAUAUGAGAUGGCUAAACAGCAAUUUGCCCCUAAAGAUGGUAAACCAAUGGGAUUUUUGACAUCUUCGCUUUUAGCCGGACUAGGUGGUUUUGCCGGAGGUCUAGUUGGUAGUCCAGCGGAUUUAGUUAACGUGCGAAUGCAAAACGAUAUUAAGCUUCCCCCUGAGCAAAGAAGAAACUACAAAAAUGCUUUUCAUGGAAUAUAUCAAGUAAUAAAAACUGAAGGGGUACUCAGACUUUGGACUGGAUCCUCAAUGAACUGCUCUCGGGCUAUGCUUAUGACUAUUGGACAACUAGCAUUUUAUGACCAAAUUAAAGAAAUACUUUUAGUGACUCCUUACUUUAGUGAUAAUGUUUUCACACACGUCUCUUCUAGUUUAUCAGCGGGUGCGAUAGCCACAACCAUGACGCAGCCUGUCGAUGUACUCAAAACUCGCGCGAUGAACGCCAAGCCUGGAGAAGUAAACAGUAUAGCAAAGCUCGUCCUUAGCACUGUUAAGGAGGGUCCUCUUGCAUUGUUUAAGGGCUACGUGCCAGCAUUUGCCAGGCUCGCGCCUCACACUAUACUAACGUUCGUAUUUUUAGAACAACUUAGAAUGAACUUUGGUGUUAUAAAAACUACCAGUAGUCCAAGCACAAAACAUUAG